AAUGACUUUUCCAUUAAAAUGUUCCAUAAAACAGAUAAAAUGACUUUUCCAUUGAAGACAUUUAUUUGAAGUAAUAUGAAGAAAUUUUCGAGGUAAUUACCCGUCGUAAAAUAGACAUUUACUUCUGCUCGCCACGCUAGUUAUAGAGAAGCAUUUAUGUAUUACUUAUUGCCAUAAUUAUUCAUUCUGCAAAAAUCUAGCGCGAUAAAUUUCGAUAAACUGGUUCCUGUGAAAUUGGAGUCUGGCAUUAUAUUUUUGCGGAAUAGAUUCUGCCAAUUUGCACCUUACUUGAAACCUCCUUCUUGCAGCCGAAAGCUUUAUUUUCGCCGGAGAUGGCAACGGUGCCAAUAAUAAAGUGUACGUCGAAGGAGCAACUGGCUGGUAUGAGAUUGACCGAUGAGAACGGCGAAAAGUCGGAUAAGAAAUUGACGGUGCUAGAGUCGCACGGCUAUGCGCUCGGGAAGACUAUUGGUGCUGGAUCAUAUGCCACCGUCAAAAUCGCAAAGUCCGAUCGACACGAUUGCCAAGUGGCGGUGAAGAUAGUCUCCAAGUUCCAGGCGCCCGGAGAGUACCUCACAAAAUUCCUACCUCGCGAGAUCGAGGUGGUCAAAGGAUUGAAACAUCCAAAUCUCAUUCACUUUCUGCAGGCGAUAGAGACCACACAUCGGGUGUAUAUCAUUAUGGAAUUCGCGCAGAAUGGCAGCUUGCUCGACGUUAUACGACGCGAUACUUACAUCGACGAGUUACGUAGCCGUAGGUGGUUCCGACAGCUUUUGGAAGCCAUCGAUUAUUGCCACGAGCACGGCAUAGUGCACAGAGACGUAAAGUGCGAGAAUCUGCUCAUGGAUCAUCGCUUCAACAUCAAAUUGUCUGACUUCGGAUUCGCGCGUGGACAAAUGCAGUCUAAGAACGGCGAGUGGCCUCUCAGCACAACUUACUGCGGCAGUUACGCCUACGCGUCGCCCGAAAUUUUACGGGGCGUCCCUUACCAGCCGCAGCUCGCCGACAUAUGGUCCAUGGGGGUGGUGCUGUAUGCCAUGGUUUACGGUCAGCUGCCGUUUGACGAUACAAAUUACGCGCAACUGCUAAAGCAAGUACAAAACAGAGUGGUGUUCCUCAAACGUCCUAAAAUAUCUCAGUCGUGUCGUUCUCUCAUCGCCCGUAUAUUAGUACCUCAACACGCACGAUUACGAAUCAAUAAUAUAAAAAGCGACACUUGGCUCGAGACGUCCGUUGUCGCUCAAACAUCGGUCAGCGAGAGAUUUAUCGAAUCAUCACCUGCAAUACUUGCACCUAAAGAAUCCAAAGUACCCGAUGAAUGUAUGGUAUCCAUUGCUCCUGCAAUAAUUCAAGGGAAAUCGGAAGACGUUGACGAAGAUAACGCGGGAAUAAAAAAAAGACUAACUUAA